GAAAACACGCUGCCGUGGAAGUGUGACAGGCUCAGCGUUUGGACGAAUAUGUGCCCCCACAUAGCAAAUGCAGGACUCGGGCAGCCUCUCAACGAUGUCGCUCUGGACCUCACGUCUCGAGCGGGGUGGUAUGCGACAAACCAGUUCUCGGCGGAAGUCAUCUUUCACGAGAGCAUGAAGGGGUACGAGUGCCUCACCAGUGACUGGAAGCGAGCAACGGCGAUUUACGUUCCGUUCUACGCAGGAUUCGAGAUGUCGAGGCACGUCGGGCAGAAGAAUGUGAGCGUGAGAGACGAGGCCGGGAAGAGACUGGGGAAGUGGCUGCAGAGACAGGAACAGUGGAAAGCUUCCGGUGGCAGGGAUCAUUUCAUGGUGUCAGGCAGGAUCACUUGGGACUUUAUCCGGAGCUCGAACAGUCCGGAGUCCUGGGGAAACAAUCUUCUGCUGCUGCCUUGGACGAGAAACAUGUCGGUUUUGCUGAUCGAGGCUCGUCCCUGGCUGCCCAACGAGCACGGGAUCCCGUAUCCGACGUACUUUCAUCCAUCGACAGCGUCUCAGCUCCAAAGCUGGCAGCAAAGGCUGAGGCACUCUUUUAGAAGAAGGAGGAGGGAGUUGAUCGGGUUUGUGGGAGCUGUGAAGGCCAAGAACUUGGUCCGGGACAGGGUUUUUGAUCAGUGCCGGAAGUCAUCGCAGCACUGCCGGAUGCUGGAUUGCCAGGGAGAGAGCGGUGGAGAGUGUCACGAUCCUCACAGGGUGAUGGAGCUGUUCUUGAGCUCGACGUUUUGCCUCCAGCCUCGGGGAGACUCUUUCACUCGGCGUUCCACUUUUGAUUCGCUGCUUGCCGGAUGCAUCCCGGUGUUCUUCAGCGAGCACUCGGCUUACAGCCAGUAUGCGUGGAACCUCCCGGCGGACAGCAGCAGCUAUUCGGUCUUGAUACCGGAGUCCGAGCUGGUGAUGGAUGGAGUGAUCGAAACAAGGCUUUUGUCGAUCGAAGUGGAGGAGAUCCAGCGCAUGCAAGAGAAGAUUGUGGAGAUGGUGCCGGAGUUGAGCUAUGCCGACCCGCGCUUCCAGGGAAGAACAGAAUUUGUCGAUGCGUUUGGAGCUGUGGUACGAGGCGUCACGAGGCUGGUAGGAGAGAAAAAGAAAAACGUCUCAUUGAGGACGAAACGUAAAAUUCUUCCGAGAUUUACGGAAGAACCCUAAAUAUCAACUGUCAUGUUCAGCUGAC